AGACUGCUGGAAGACUUCCGCAACAACCGCUUCCCCAACUUACAGCUCAGGGAUCUGAUUGGUCACAUUGUUGAGUUUUCCCAAGACCAGCAUGGCUCCAGGUUCAUCCAGCAGAAGCUGGAACGUGCCACUCCAGCAGAACGCCAGGUAGUGUUUGGAGAAAUCCUCCAGGCAGCCUAUCAGCUGAUGACUGACGUCUUUGGAAAUUAUGUGAUUCAAAAGUUUUUUGAGUUUGGCAGCAUGGAUCAGAAGUUGGCACUGGCAACACGAAUUCGCGGACAUGUACUUCCCCUGGCUUUACAGAUGUACGGGUGUCGGGUUAUUCAGAAAGCACUGGAAUCCAUAUCUCCAGAUCAGCAGAGCGAGAUGGUGAAGGAGCUGGAUGGACAUGUUCUGAAGUGUGUAAAAGAUCAGAAUGGAAACCACGUGGUACAAAAAUGUAUCGAAUGUGUCCAGCCACAGUCUCUCCAGUUCAUCAUUGAUGCCUUCAAAGGACAGGUGUAUGUACUCUCCACCCACCCCUAUGGCUGCAGAGUAAUACAGCGCAUACUGGAGCAUUGCACUGUGGAACAGACUAUGCCAAUUCUGGAGGAGCUACAUCAAAGCACAGAGCAGCUGGUGCAGGAUCAGUAUGGUAAUUAUGUAAUUCAGCAUGUAUUGGAACAUGGCCGCACUGAAGACAAGAGCAAGAUUGUUUCUGAGAUAAGAGGAAAGGUUUUAGCCCUCAGUCAGCACAAAUUUGCAAGCAAUGUUGUAGAGAAGUGUGUCACCCACUCUUCCCGUACGGAGAGAGCUCUACUCAUCGAUGAGAUCUGCUGCCAGAAUGAUGGUCCUCACAGUGCCUUAUACACCAUGAUGAAGGACCAGUAUGCAAAUUAUGUGGUGCAAAAGAUGAUUGACAUGGCCGAGCCUGCUCAGCGCAAAAUCAUCAUGCAUAAGAUUCGACCACACAUCACCACACUGCGUAAAUAUACCUAUGGGAAACACAUACUGGCCAAGCUGGAGAAGUAUUACAUGAAGACUAGCACUGACCUGGGGCCAAUGGUAGGGCCCUCCAAUGGAAUGCUGUAG